AUGCAUCCACCAAGAAGAAGAGGCCACGCAAGAGCUACUGCCAUACAUCAACACAUCUCAGGUUCUAAAUCUUAUGCCAAGGUCAAAUAUGAAAUGAUGAUGGAGUUGAGAGAUGAGGCUUUUUACAAGGUGGUCAAGCCACACAAAGACAGGCUGUUUGGACUUGGAACAACACAAAUGGAGAACUAUGAUCACAUUGCUCAACCUGCUGUUGUUCUUACUUGCCAAGCUCAAUUAGAGAAUGAGGUGAUUAAUCUUACUCGAAUGGUCAAGUUGAUGAGCCAGCAGCUCACUGCUUUGUGUGAAGCUAGAGGAGUGACAGCCUUUGAUGCAACCAACCCUUCUCCAGCUUCGCCUCUUACCACAAAUAAGCAGAGAAUCUAG